UGCGCAGUUCGCAGAAGCCGAGAGGCGCUAGUAGUUGUAGCUGAGGGACAUUCAAUGACUUUGUACCCGUGUGAACAAGGGUGGUUAUAAAGUAGUUUCCUUGACAGGUAGCAGUUAAGACCAGAGCUAUGGAGGCCCUCAUACCUGUCAUAAACAAACUGCAGGAUGUAUUUAAUACGGUGGGCGCAGAUAUAAUCCAGCUGCCGCAGAUAGUUGUUGUGGGAACUCAGAGUAGCGGGAAGAGUUCUGUGCUAGAGAGUCUGGUUGGCAGGGACCUCCUGCCACGUGGCACGGGCAUCGUCACACGCCGGCCCCUCAUCUUGCAGCUGGUGCACAUUGACCCAGAGGACCGCAGGAAAACAAGUGAAGAGAGUGAAUCCAAUUCCAGGAAAAACGGACGCCUUUACAGAGGCAUCGAUGGAGAAGAAUGGGGCAAGUUUCUACACACCAAAGGCAAGAUCUACACAGACUUUGAGGAGAUCAGGCAAGAAAUCGAAGCUGAAACAGAAAGGAUUUCUGGCAAUAACAAGGGCAUUAGUGAUGAGCCAAUUCACCUGAAAAUCUUUUCACCCCAUGUGGUGAACCUUACACUGGUGGAUCUUCCUGGCAUUACAAAGGUGCCAGUGGGAGAUCAGCCCAAAGACAUAGAGGUCCAGAUCAGAGAGUUGAUCCUGAAGUAUAUCUGCAACCCCAACAGCAUCAUCCUGGCUGUGACUGCUGCCAACACUGACAUGGCCACAUCAGAGGCCCUCAAGGUGGCUCGUGAGGUUGACCCUGAUGGCAGGAGGACACUAGCAGUGGUGACCAAACUGGAUCUGAUGGAUGCUGGAACAGAUGCCAUGGAUGUAUUGAUGGGCAGAGUCAUCCCUGUCAAACUGGGACUUAUCGGAGUAGUCAACAGGAGCCAGCUGGAUAUCAAUAAUAAGAAGACUGUGGCAGAUGCCAUCCGUGAUGAAUACGCCUUCCUACAAAAGAAGUACCCCUCCCUCGCAAACAGAAACGGAACCAAAUACCUGGCCAGAACACUGAACAGGUUACUCAUGCACCACAUCAGAGAUUGUCUUCCUGAGCUGAAGACAAGGAUCAAUGUGUUGGCAGCGCAGUACCAGUCCCUGCUUAAUAGCUAUGGUGAACCCGUAGAAGACAAGAGUGCCACAUUGCUGCAGCUCAUCACCAAGUUUGCUGCAGAGUACUGCAACACCAUAGAGGGCACAGCCAAGUACAUUGAGACAGCUGAACUUUGUGGCGGAGCAAGAAUCUGUUACAUCUUCCAUGAAACAUUUGGCCGAACACUGGAGUCAGUAGAUCCUUUGGGUGGCCUGACAACCAUCGAUGUGCUCACAGCAAUCAGAAAUGCAACGGGCCCGAGGCCUGCUUUAUUUGUGCCUGAGGUUUCAUUUGAGUUGCUGGUGAAGAGGCAGGUCAAGCGCCUGGAGGAGCCCAGCUUACGUUGUGUGGAGCUGGUUCAUGAAGAGAUGCAGAGGAUUAUCCAGCACUGCAGCAACUACAGCACACAGGAGUUGUUGAGGUUUCCAAAACUCCAUGAUGCCAUUGUGGAAGUGGUCACCUCCCUUCUCAGAAAAAGACUUCCAGUCACCAAUGAAAUGGUUCACAACUUGGUUGCUAUUGAGCUAGCCUAUAUCAACACCAAGCACCCUGACUUUGCUGAUGCUUGUGGUCUCAUGAACAAUAACAUAGAGGAGCAGAGACGCAACAGAAUGAGAGAUCUGCCCUCUGCUGUGCCCAGAGAUAAGGCAGCAGCUGGCGGCCCGCAGGCAGGUGCUCUCAGCGAGCAGGUGGAUGGUGGGACAGGGCACUGGAGGGGAAUGCUGAAGAAGGGAGAGGAUGGUAUUCCUACAGACAGGGCUAUGUCCCAGCCUCCCGCCCCUGCAAGCCCUCAGAAGGGUCAUGCUGUCAACCUCCUAGAUGUGCCUGUUCCUGUAUCUAGGAAGCUAUCUGCUCGGGAGCAGCGGGACUGUGAGGUCAUUGAGAGACUCAUCAAGUCCUAUUUCCUCAUUGUACGGAAAAACAUCCAGGACAGUGUACCCAAGGCAGUGAUGCACUUCCUGGUGAACCAUGUGAAGGACUGCCUGCAGAGUGAGCUGGUGGGACAGCUGUACAAGACGGGGCUGCUGAACGAUCUGCUCACAGAGUCCGAGGACAUGGCCCAGAGACGGAACGAGGCCGCCGACAUGCUCAUGGCAUUGCAGAAAGCCAGCCAGGUGAUAGCAGAGAUCAGAGAAACCCACCUAUGGUGAGGAUGGACUUUCUUCCUCCCACAUGGAUCCUCACACCAUCCUGAACCUCCGACUACUAGCUCUGUCUCUCAGUUUGCCCCCCCAAUGCAGAGAUGGACAACUUGAAAAUGCACUGGUGUCAAUAUGUGUGUAUGGAAAUGUAGUUUUAUGUACAGUACGGACUUGGAUUACAUGAAGGGCGGUACAUAUCAGUCCUCCACCAUCAGCACUUCACAAGCAUCUGUCCUAACAGGUUAUAUCUUUCAUAUGUAAUUAAGUGCAGUAAAUACGUAAAUAAUGUAAUGCUUCAUUGCUGUGUGGAGCCAUGCUGAGGACUGUUGGUUCCUAUUGUAGAUUUAAAUUAAAGGUAGAAAUUGACAUACCCGCCAGAAAAGCACUCUGGGUCCUUAGAUGCUGUGACACAUACAUGCUGUCUUUAUCAUGCUUGUUUUUGUUGUUUUCUGUCAGCUGUAGAUCCCUUUAUUACAUGAUGGCAGAAUAAUGUUUCUAGGGCUAAUUAUCCCAAAGAAAUGCACUUCUUGUAGAUAUUUGUAUUGGUUUUUCAGUAUAAGUAGGUGAAAACUCCCUACCAUUUUUACACACUUUUCUGUUUCCUAUGAGUAACUCUUUCUUUUCUUGACUCUUCUAUAUACUUUUCUUGACAUGAAACAAUUCUCAAGUAGAAUUUAUGUUUUUUUGUCCUUCUGUUUACAUGUCUUCCUUGUUUAAGAGUCUCUUUAAUGAAAUUAUGAGGUUUCAGUAACUUACUCAGCAAGCUGUUACUGAAUCAUUUAGGCUGCUGCCCAGCCUGCGGUUUCAUAUGAAUGUAUCUUUUAACUAAAUUACAAUGUCUAAGACAAAAUUACACAGCAACAGAAUUUGCAAGUUUUUGCAUAAAGGCAAUAGAGCGCAUGUCAUGUCACCUUUAUUUACUUGUACACUGAUAUUUAACAUGUUACCCAACACAACAGAAGAAUAAACACACACACAACAGACACAUGGGCCAAUCACUGGUGUCAUGGUCUGCUGCCUCCUUGACUGGCAGUUCCUUUACCUCAGGCGGCCACUCAUCUUGCCCUUGCCACGACCUUUGGCACUGAAAGGGUGCAGAAAAUGGUUAAUGGAGGGAUAGGAUGCAGCCAAGCCCAGCAGUCUGCGAGUUUAGCAUGAAUCGAGGCCAUUCAGUUGCAGCAGUCAAUGCAUACUACAGGAUUCAGUUGUGAAUGUGUGCAAUGGCCAAUCUGUUAGUGCAAAUAAGUGAACAAAAACACACUUACUUUGACAUGUACAGCAUUGAUGGAAGCACUGAUAACGACUGAACAGAAACCCACUACAAAAAUCCAUGUGAAUCCCGAAAAAUAGAAAUGUAAGCAGCAAUAAUAAAAUCUUCAAAAUCUUCAGCAUUACCUUUAAAACAAUAAUGGGAGACCAGCAUGAUUUUCUGCAAUCCUGGGUAUAUUCUUUGGCUCAGAUUUAUUCCCACUGGAGCAGCUCCAGGAUUUGUCUUCCAGUGUCAUUAUAGAUGCCAGAGUAAUUGAUAUGGCUUUUGUAGGGCAGAUUUUUUUUUUUUUUUUUUUCAUAAUUUGCUGUAGUUUCCAACUAUACCAGAAUUUGUACUGUGGCCACUCAUGCUUGAAUAAGACAUACAAAGCAAACAUGCACACACUUACAAACAGAUGGAGUGAUGAGGUUCGCAAAGACCUGAUGCCAAUGACAGAGAUGAUUGGCGAAAGAUUAUCCCCAGAGAGGGUCGUCGCUAUUGAAAAAGUAUGUGUUUUAGCCUUUGAAGAAUGUAUUCAAAUAAAAGAUUGGACCCUCUGA